AUGUCUGUACGAGUCCCCGACCAACAAUCUGCUUCGGCUACCUCCUCCAUAAGAUCAUCUUCCCCGGACCGACCUUCACUGCGCGGCGCCCGUUCGUUCUCUCGUCUCGAACCGUCGACAACUAAUCCUCUCUCCCGGCUCGGGGGUGAACUCACAAUUCCCGAUAUAUCAAAAACAGUUUCUGAGACUCCGUCACCCAUCGAAGAGCAUGACGAAGAAGAUUCCGGCAAAGAACCAUCGUCUACCAGCUUUCCUGAGGGAUUUGACGAGCUCCCCAUUGAACUACUUAGUCUGACGGACCGCUUUAUCGAGUCCUUGUCUGCCAAAGUCCACCCCAACCCAUUGUCAGUGACCCAACUUAUAGAGCUAUUCCAGCAAUUUUACAUCAGUGCUUUCCAGCAAGUCGAUACCCAUGUUUCACACUCCUACUUGUCACUUGCAUCCAAGAAGCCCCGGUCUUCUCCAUCAUCGUCAAAAAACCCGACGCAGAUGCUGUCAAGGGAGGAAAUAGCCCAGAAGAAACGCGACAGGAAGAUGCUUGAUAUUAAACGGUUAGCGCUGGAAGAAGCCGUCGAGAAGCGGAUUACGGAAGGUGUCUAUAACCGCUUGUGGAGGCAUAAAAGCACGGAUGACGAAGCCAGGGAUGAGAGUUUGAGAAGCAAGAUGGCAGCGCUGAAUGUAGUUGGAGUGAAGCUGGGGCAUCUGGGAGUUGAGUUGGGGGUGCAGGGCAAUGUUGAGGAAGAGCUCCAGCCAGCGGUAGAGGCACUGGUGGCGAUGAAUGAUCAGAAAAAUCCUCUGGGGAAGCUGCAAUCACUGAAGCAGGCACACAAAGCGAUCGUUGACUGGUUGUCAACGCACAAUUCAUCUUCUUCCGCGGAUUUCAUCCUUCCCACUCUCAUUUACACACUCAUAAUAUCACCCCCUACACAAAGCUUCAAUAUCAUCUCAAAUCUCUUCUUUAUCCAGCGUUUCCGGGCCAAGAAAGCAAUCGAUGGGGAGGCUGCCUAUUGCUUGACAAACCUUGAAGCUGCAAUCUCAUUCCUUGAGACUGUCGACCUGGCCACUCUUAAAGUAGAAGAUCCAGAUGAAGGCCGUCCAAGAAGUAGGAGCAGAAGCCCUCUCCCGAAAGAAGAGUCUGAAGCAGGAACACCUGAAAUCCCUUGGGCACCAGUUGGCGAUCCUUUAAGCAAUCUCACUGAUAAACUUGCGGCAGCUCACGCUACUGCUGAGGCUGCAGCCGCUGAGAAUGCGAACAAACCGCAUGUGAAGGUCAUUGGGACAAACCCAUCUGCAUCGUCAUCUACAUUGUCACUCCAGCCUCCGUCAGCUGCUAAUGCAGCCACUGUGGGCGGGAUGCCAAGGAGACUUUCAUACCUCACUCCAAUCGACAUUGCUUCUGGCGCUAUCUCUACUGCGGACCAGGGGAUCCGUGGUAUCGGCAGCACACUGGAAAGUAGCUACAAGUUUCUUUUCGGAAAGAUGGAGAAGCGCGGAGAAGAGCUACCCAAGACACUUGAGGAUGCUCGCAAACUAGUCGACUCCCCAAUCAUCGGAUCCUUUGACGAUGAAAAGUUUACGGAAAACGAUGGAGGUCUAAAACGGGUCGCAAGCGAGACCAGCAUCCAGAGCACCCAGAGCCAUAAGGCGGAAAAGGAGACCACAUUUGGCACACCCCCGAGAUCGUCAACGACCCCUGCAGCGGCGGCGGCAGAGAAGCUAGGGCAUCUAGGAACCUCGUUGGGUCGCUUCGCGGUACGAGGAUUCACAAGAAGCAGCACGCCCGCUGCGUCAACGACAACCUUGUCACAGACGGAUGUUCUCACGGGGGCUGCAAAAGGACUGGGUAUUGUGGGUGCGGCGGAUAAGGGACAUACCCAUAAACGAGACGAUAGCGCGCCUGUUGUGGAUCUAUUAUCUACAUUUCCCGAUCUUGCGAAUUCCUUACCCAAAGUCAAAAUGGGCAUUCCGCCGAUCGCGAGGUUUCUUGAUAUUGAAGAUCCCGGGGAGCUACGAAUCUCGGAAGUGGGAGAGUUGCUGAAAGAUUAUAAGCGACUAGUUGAAGAGCUCAGAGUGAGAGGCGCGUUGGACUAG